CUCUGCAGGGCCAGGCUCCGACAGCAGCACCAUCUCUGAUUCAGAUACACUGAAUUUAUCCCGGUUCCCUGCUAAGCAGGUGGCAAAUUGCUUCUGUGCAGAAGUGCCCCUGUCCUGUCUGUGUGCCACACGCUCGUGUUUGUUCCACAGUUCUUCAAAAAUCUGUCUUGCAAGAAGUGUUCCAGAGGGAGUAGCUCAUGAAAACAUGGAUGUGAAUGAAAAUGAAGUGGUUUGUUCCAAGGAAUUUCUCCGUUGCACAGGGUACCUGCGCUGCUGGAGUUUGUAAAGCUAUGAAGAAAACCCCUGGAUACUGAAAUUCUUCAGCCUCUUCCUGCGCUUGUACAUCGACAGUGCUUUAACCCAGCACUGGGAGCUCAGCUGCAGAAACACAAGGAAGGGAUUUGGUCAGAGAAGUGUGGUAUUUGAACCAGAGGGAUGCAAUGUUUUAAGGCCAAGGUUGUGGAUGUUGAUAUCAGCAUACAAUUCUAUCAUGGAAUUGAUUUAACAAGCUCCGAUUCUACCAGAUACCAAUGCCAGUGCUGGCAUUCUGGGAUGAGCUGCAUUUUUGCUUCUGCAUUUCAAGACUAAACGAGUUCAUUUUGAGUUCCACUGAAAUACUUCAUGUCUUAAAAUACUGUAUUCACUGCAGGAAGCCCUGCAGGUGGUGGCUGAGGUGACAAAGGGCACGUUAGGAAGGGGCUUGAGUCCAUCUCAUGGCUCUUCACUGGGGAUGUGCUCUUGCCCGGUGUGUCCGUGUGUCUCAAAUACCGGUUCUGUUUUCCCAUUAACUUCCUUGAUCCUGGGGGUUUUACGUACAAAGCCAAAUGUACAGGACAGGCCUGUGUGUAAAUAAGGGAUUGCGCUUAUCUAUAUGUCACUAUAAAUAUGUAUGAAGUUCUGUACAUAGGAAAGAGAAAACGGCUCAAAGAAUGUUUUCAGAACUGUGUCCUCCGUUUAAAUGCACAGACAGGACAUUGCCAUCCGUGUGCUCCCUCACUCUCCGGGAAGGGAUCCUGCUGGUUCUGCUUGCUGUCUGCAUCCCACCGGCUCUGUGAGGAGUUUGUGGUGGCCCUGAGCAGGGCUGGGCUCCGUGUGAGGAGAUUUUGUCAACCCGGAGCAGGGCUGGGCUCUGUGUCAGGAGUUUUUGGUAGCCCGGAGCCAGGCUGGGCUCUGUGUCAGGAGGUGUUUGGUAGCCCGGAGCCAGGCUGGGCUCUGUGUCAGGAGGUUUUUGGUACCCCGGGGCCAGGCUGGGCUCUGUGUCAGGAGGUGUUUGGUAGCCCGGAGCCAGGCUGGGCUCUGUGUCAGGAGGUGUUUGGUAGCCCAGAGCAGGGCUGGGCUCUGUGUCAGGAGGUGUUUGGUAGCCCGGGCCGGGCUGGGCUCUGUGUCAGGAGGUUUUUGGUAGCCCAGGGCCAAGCUGGGCUCUGUGUCAGGAGGUGUUUGGUAGCCCAGAGCAGGGCUGGGCUCUGUGUGAGGAGGUUUUUGGUACCCCGGGGCCGGGCUGGGCUCUGUGUCAGGAGGUUUUUGGUACCCCGGGGCCGGGCUGAGCCGUGCCGGGUCUCGGCCGCUCCUCCUCACUCUGGCCCCGGUGCAUCCCUUGCCAACACCGUCUCCAAGCCCCGGCCCGGGGCGCUCCCGCGGUCCCUCGGUGCCCGGUGCGGGGGCAGCAGCCGGAGCAGGGGGUGCCGGGGCCGCCCCCGCCCCAAACCCGCUGCUGUCUGUGUGUGUGCCAGGCGUGGACUGCUUGUUCCAGCUGCGGAGGAUGCGGCUGUUAUUUCCAGUAUUCUGCUCUAUAUCUGUAGCCUUCAGUGAUUCCUUGAGUGCCUUACGUGGCUUGUGGACAGAAUUCCUGACCAGGAGGAGGAAAUGCCCCUGGACCGCCGCCGGCUCCUUCGCACCCUGUGCCCCUGGCCGGCAGCGUGCACGGGAAGAGAUUUAGCUUCGACUCAGGAAAUCGCCGUGUGAAUAUGUGUAUUAAACCCUGUAUGAUGUGCUGUACAGUUUAUUAAAAGGGACUGCUGUAAACUUAUGCAAAACGUAACACAGAGAAGAUGGAGGUUUUUGGUGCACCGGCUGGAGUGCCGUGACCCGUGUCCUCUAAUCCUACUCCAGAAUCAUAUCCCAAAUACAGAACGCUGGGUUCAGUGCUGCGACAGCAACCGACAGCCCGAAAGCAGGGGCUGGAGAGACCGACUAGAGAAUUUUACAGAUAUUUUUGUAUUGUGAUUCCUAUGAUAUAUAUCGAGAGACUUUCUAUUCCUUUGUAAAAUACAUAAAUUAUUGUCAAUUUUAAUUAAAAAGAUCUGUU